AUGUGAGGCCUUACGUUUCUGUUCCUUCACUAUCGCUAUCCAUUUCUUGUUAGGGGAUGGCAGUGGAUGCAUGGCUAUGGACACUGGGAUUCCUGGUUGUGUCAGUUUGGGAGCAUUAUUUGGGACUGUCUUGCACUCUGCAGAGCAGGUCUAUAUCAGGAAGCAUGUAUAAAGAGGGAGAUGUGAUCAUUGGAGGGCUAUUUCCCAUUCAUUUUAAACCCCCUGAACCUUAUCAGACAUUCACACAAAGAGCACCAGCAGAUCAAUGUCAAAGUGUCAACCUGCGCUCAUAUCGCUGGCUUCAAACAAUGAUCUUCACAGUGGAGGAAAUCAACCGAGACUCAGCCCUGUUGCCCAAUCUUACACUGGGCUAUCUGGCUGCAGACACUUGUCUGAGUGAGGGCAGUACAUUGAAUGCUGCAUUGUCACUGGUGACGGGGCAAGAUGAGGUUGUGUCUGGAGAAGAGUGUACCAGGGCUCCCACUGUGCCUGUCAUUAUUGGUGAUGCUCGCUCAUCUGCCUCAAUCGUGCUGGCAGAUACACUAGGUGUAUUUGGCAUCCCCAUGGUCAGCUACUAUGCCUCCUGUGCAUGUCUCAGUGACAGAAAAAGGUUCCCCACUUUCCUGCGCACUGUACCCAGUAAUGCUUUCCAGGCUAAAGUCGUUGCCCGCCUGCUGCGUCUGAUGGGCUGGUCCUGGGUGGGGGUUAUCUACGGAGAUGAUGCCUAUGGGGAAAGCAGCGUGCAGCUGUUAAUGAAUGAAGUGGAAGGUUCAGAUGUGUGCAUGGCCUACAUGGAGGUUAUCCCCAAAUCCCACACGCUGAGCAAGAUCAGGCAAAUUGUAGAGCGGGUACAGAGCUCCAAAGCUCAGGUGGUGGCGAUAUUUGCCAUUACUGCAGAUGCAGAGGCACUGCUGAGAGAAGUAGUAAGAAGAAAUGUCACAGACAAGCAGUGGAUUGCCCCUACGUCAUGGAGCACAGCAGCAGACUUUACUGCAUGGUGUGGCAUCUCAUUAGUGGGCACUAUUGGAAUCGCCAUAAGAAGUGUUGAAGUCCAAGGUCUUAAUUCUUAUGUGACUAAUCUCAGCACAGAGAACUACCCAACAGAGAAGCUGGAACAGAAUGUUUGGGAGGAGGCAUUUGGUUGCAAAUUUACCACAGAUAGCCAGUCAGGACUUUUAAAACCACAGUGCUCAAACUUGAUAACAGACCAAGUACAGACAGCUGAGUUUGAUGGCAUGUAUAAUGUUUAUAAGGCUGUGUAUGCUGUUGCACACGCUAUUCAAGACAUGUUGGACUGUGAGCCGGGAAAAGGGCCAUUUAAGAAUGGAAAGUGUCCUGAGAUAAAACCAAUCAUUCCUGAACAGCUUCUGCACUACCUUAAAGCAGUAAAGUUCACAACAACAACAGGUGAACUUGUCUAUUUUGACAAAAAUGGGGAUCCAACUGGCUCAUAUGACAUUGUUAACUGGCAAAUAGGGCCUGAUGGAAAAGUGAAGAUUGCCAAUGUUGGCAAUUUUGAUUCCUCAAGGAAACCAGAUAAAGACUUUCAACUGGACCUCCAGAACGUGAUCUGGGGAGGAGGUUGGGGUAACAAGGUACCAGUGUCUGUGUGCAGUGAGAGCUGUCCCCCAGGCACCAGGAAGGCUGUGCAGAAAGGAAAGCCGAUCUGCUGCUUUGACUGUAUUCACUGUGCAGCGGGAGAGAUCAGCAAUACUACUGGCUCCACAGAGUGUAUAAAAUGCCCACAGAGGUUCUGGUCCAACACAGAUCGGACAGAAUGCAUCCCAAUGGCAGAGGAGUUCCUGUCUUUUCAAGACGACAUGGGCAUCAUCCUCGCUGCACUGUCUGUUGCUGGGGCAGCACUUACUGGAACAGUCCUCACUGCCUUCUUCCGUCAUCGAGAUACACCACUGGUCCGCGCCAAUAACUCAGAGCUGAGCUUCCUGCUGCUGCUCUCACUCAAACUCUGCUUCCUGUGUGCUCUGGCUUUCAUUGGCCGUCCAGCUCCUUGGUCCUGCAUGCUGCGUCAUACUCUGUUUGGGAUCAGUUUUGUGGUGUGUCUGGCCUGUGUGCUCAGUAAGACCGUGGUGGUUCUGGUUGCAUUCAGAGCAACUCUGCCUGGAUCAAACUUAAUGAAGUACUUUGGUCCUCUUCAGCAGAGAGCAGGUAUCUUCUUCUGUACGAUGGUGCAGGUGGGGAUCUGUGUGCUGUGGCUGGCACUGGCACCACCUCUACCCACAGAAACUGCAGGAGGUGAGCUUGGAGCUCGGGUGGUAGAGCUCUGUGCGGUGGGCUCUGUGGUGGGCUUCUCCCUGGUGCUGGGCUACAUCGGACUGUUGGCUUCCAUCUGCUUUCUGCUGGCCUUUUUUGCUCGGAAGCUUCCAGACAAUUUUAAUGAGGCCAAAUUCAUCACCUUCAGCAUGCUGAUCUUCUGUGCUGUGUGGAUCACCUUUGUUCCAGCAUACGUCAGCUCUCCAGGGAAGUACACUGUGGCUGUGGAGGUCUUUGCCAUCUUGGCCUCAAGUUACGGCCUUCUACUGUGCAUCUUUGCCCCAAAGUGUUACAUUAUCUUACUCAGACCAGAGAGGAACACAAAGAAGAACAUGAUAGCCAAAUAAUAAAUACAAAUUAAGAAAAAAAAACCUUUGUCUUAGUUACAUAGUAGUAAGUGAGAGUUUCCUUAAUGUCCUUAAUGUUACUAAAGUGUCCUUCAUGUUACUAACAUUUAUCUGUAUAAGAAAAGGUACAUUAAAACCUACAAAUAUGUAUUGCUCCUCUAUUUUGUUCCUUUAGUGCAGUUCCUCAGUUCUGGUCCAAGAGGUCUACAACCAUGAAAAGGUCAGAUCAGAUCCAGUCAAUCUGGCUAUAAUAUAACAAUAUAUGUAUGUAGCCAAUGUAUAAAUAUACACAAAAUCCUAUAUUUCUAACAAAAUGUCUUGAUAUCUUUAUAAACAAAGUGAAUAAACAUUUUGCUUUCACUUUAACCUGU